AUGAUGAGCUUGAAGGCCUCUUACAUAUUCAGUGAUGACAUCGGGAUGGAGUUUGAUCAUGGAAAGUGUGCCAAGGCCACUUUCCAGAAAGAGGAAUUAAAGACCACGAAUUCGGUCGUGUUUGAUGCUGACACAGUUAUAAAAGAACUUGACCAGACCGUCAACCGAGAGUUCAACUGCGACGUUUUGAAGCGUGUAAGAGAGAACAUUCAACGAAAGCAACCGGAUCUGUGGAGUGCAAAGAAUUGGAUUCUUCAGGACCGCGAUGCACUCUGUUACCGAGCUCUCAUCACUCGCAAAUUUCUCGCCAAAAACAUGUUAUCGCUUCCACAUCCGCCCUAUUCGCCAGAUUUAACACCUGUGGAUUUCCAUCUCUUCCUCAAAAGGAAAAUGCAGCUCAAAGGUUGCCGUUUUAACAUCGCCGUCGAGAUCCAGAGCGAAUCGCUGAAGGUCCUCAACUCGUUUACGGGAAACAAAUUCCAGGCAAGAUUCCAAGAGUGGCAGGAACGCUGA